AUGAAUGAUGAAAAUGAUGAUGUUUUGUCCGAUGUCAUCAAUUCCUGCCCACACCAAGACGCUACCACCACCACAUCGGUCACGUUCAGGGCACGAGGCGACGUUGUACCACUGGCAAUGCCAAAGGUGUUGAGACACGUUACUGAGGAGAAGACGAACAAUAAGAACAACAACAAUGAUAAUUUUAAAAAGCAAAGUCAAUAUGUAGACGAUAUUGGGAUAAAAAUAGAAACGAUGGAAUCCUCGGGAAUUCCGUUGUUGACGUGCCACAAGCAUGUAGGUGGCAACCAGCAUUAUGCUUCUGUAAAGACCCGAUCCACAGUCGCUGACGUUGACGUCGAUGAAAUUGGGUCAAAAUGGGUCCAACAUAUGGGCGCCGAGCCUGGAGGUGAGCGGUUGGCAGCUGAUUUCGGAACGUUUGCGCGGACACCCGACUGUCAGACUAUGUGUGAUCGCCGGUCUCUGUGCAAAUCGGUCAAGUACAAUUCCAGAACAAGAGAGUACUUGUCCAAUUGGGGAAAGGUCUGGGGUCAUUGCUGGCCAUGUCAUUCGAUAGCUGUUGUGCUGCUGGAGGUGGGCAUUAACGAUCCGUGCACGGUGAACACGGGCAUUGUCGUUCUGAAAAACAAAAUGUCGACCCACUCGCCUAGCAAACGGGACCACAAAGGGUACAUUAAUUGUGGGGAGCCUCCCGUUGUUCCAAAUGCUACCAUGUCUAAGAAUGGGACAAAGUUUAAUUCAGGAGCCAAAUACAGUUGUGACGUUGGUUACGUCAUGUCUAACGGAACCAUGACGUCAUCCACGUGUGAAUCGACUGGGAUAUGGACGUCAGUGAAAAUGUCCUGUACUGAAAUCGACUGUGGUGAGCCUCCCAAUAUAUUGCAUGCCAGGAUGACACGAAAUGGAACAACGUUUAAUUCCGUGGCCAACUACAGCUGUGACGUCGGAUACGCCAUGUUAAAUGGGACGACAUUAACUUGCGGAGCAAAUGGUAGAUGGACGUCAGCCAAAUCGCGCUGCGUUGUCGAUUGCGGGGCUCCACGAAUAAUUGCCAAUGGAAACAUUGUUUGUGAAGCAACGACUGUGGGAAGCACUGGCCAGGUGGAGUGUACGGAGUUGUUCCGGUUCUUUGGAAACGACAGUUCAACGAAGUGCGACUCAACGGGACAAUGGCUCGGACCUAGUGGAGACUGCCUUCAAGUGAAGUGGACAAACGAGAUGACUUCCUUUGACAAAAACCUCCCGGAUACUUUAAGCGAUGGAUGGCAGAUGUUUUUACAUGGAACUCCAAUAAGCCCCAACAAGCAUUUUUCUGUAAACCUGAAGGAUCAUAGAGACAGGUAUCACAUGCACAUGGAUGUGAAAUUUAACUCUGGGGAAGCGAGAGAGGUGAUCUUUGACACAAAUUUGAACAAUAAGUGGGGGACCACUAUUGUACAGACACAAGGUUUCCCGUUCAGAGAAAACGUUCCUUUUGAGCUCAUCUUAACGAUACAAGCUCACGAAAUUCAGAUUAUCGUCGACGACAAGGCAUUUUAUAAUGUCUCUUUGAUAUCGCGUGUAGAAGAUAUCACCCGAGUACACAUUAUGGGAGAUGUUGCAAUUCAUCAGCUAAUGUUAAUAUAUGAAGACGCAUAG